UUGGCUAGAAGUUUCACACAAUAAUGAGCACAGCAUAUAAAAGAACUCGAUGUUCGUCGAUACAGCAAGCAUCGCAGUUGUAUUUGCUUUCAAAACAGUCUUCGCGAGAAAGUAGAAAUGACAACGACUAGCACAUAACAAUUUACAGGUAUAACAAGAAACUACAGAUGAAGUUACAGACGAUGAAUAUUAAAGACAUGAAAAAACUGUGCUUUCCUGCAGUGAUCGGCGUUAUCGUGAUCAAUGUGGUUAUUAUAGCAGCGAUUCUAUCAGCCCAUGGCUCACAUCCUAACCGUGAUAAAGAAAGUGACGAACCAUAUGAUGUAGUAUAUUACAACUGCACCCAAAAUUCUUCCAUUUGCCACAAGAACGCUUUUUGUGAUAAAACCAUUGGCUCCUGCACAUGUAGCCUUGGAUUUAAAGGCGAUGGUAAAAUGUGCAGCGAAACUGAUGAAUGUUCUGCAGGAAACCACACAUGUGGCAAAAACGCCAAAUGCAACAACACCAUUGGCUCGUACCAUUGCAUGUGCAACCCAGGGUUUAGCGGAGAUGGAAGAGAAUGUACCGACAUUGAUGAAUGUGUAACAGGGGACCACACAUGUGACAAGAACGCCAGAUGCAACAACACCAUUGGCUCGUACCAUUGCAGAUGCAAUCCUGGGUUCAGUGGAGAUGGAAGAAAUUGUACCGACAUUGAUGAAUGUGCAACUGGAGACCACACAUGUGACAAGAACGCCAAAUGCAACAACACCAUCGGCUCAUACCAUUGCAUGUGCAAUCCUGGGUUUAGCGGAGAUGGAAGAAAUUGUACCGACAUUGAUGAAUGUGUAACAGGGGACCACACAUGUGACAAGAACGCCAAAUGCAACAACACCAUUGGCUCGUACCAUUGCAUGUGCAACCCAGGGUUUAGCGGAGAUGGGAGAGAAUGUACCGACAUUGAUGAAUGUGUAACUGGAGACCACACAUGUGACAAGAACGCCAGAUGCGGCAACACCAUCGGCUCAUACCAUUGCACAUGCAAUCCUGGGUUCAGUGGAGAUGGAAGAAAUUGUACCGACAUCGAUGAAUGUGCAACUGGAGACCACACAUGUGACAAAAACGCCAAAUGCAACAACACCAUUGGCUCGUACCAUUGCAUGUGCAACCCAGGGUUUAGCGGAGAUGGAAGAGAAUGUACCGACAUUGAUGAAUGUGUAACAGGGGACCACACAUGUGACAAGAACGCCAAAUGCAACAACACCAUCGGCUCAUACCAUUGCACAUGCAAUCCUGGGUUCAGUGGAGAUGGAAGAAAUUGUACCGACAUUGAUGAAUGUGUAACAGGGGACAACACAUGUGACAAGAACGCCAAAUGCAACAACACCAUUGGCUCGUACCAUUGCAUGUGCAACCCAGGGUUUAGCGGAGAUGGAAGAGAAUGUACCGACAUUGAUGAAUGUGUAACAGGGGACCACACAUGUGACAAGAACGCCAAAUGCAACAACAUCAUUGGCUCGUACCAUUGCAGAUGCAAUCCUGGGUUCAGUGGAGAUGGAAGAAAUUGUACCGACAUCGAUGAAUGUGCAACUGGAGACCACACAUGUGACAAGAACGCCAGAUGCAACAACACCAUUGGAUCGUACCAUUGUACAUGCAAUCCUGGGUUCAGUGGAGAUGGAAUAAAUUGUACCGACAUUGAUGAAUGUGUAACAGGGGACCACACAUGUGACAAGAACGCCAAAUGCAACAACACCAUUGGCUCGUACCAUUGCAUGUGCAACCCAGGGUUUAGCGGAGAUGGAAGAGAAUGUACCGACAUUGAUGAAUGUGUAACAGGGGACCACACAUGUGACAAGAACGCCAAAUGCAAUAACACCAUCGGCUCAUACCAUUGCACAUGCAAUCCUGGGUUCAGUGGAGGUGGAAGAAAUUGUACCGACAUUGAUGAAUGUGUAACAGGGGACCACACAUGUGACAAGAACGCCAAAUGCAACAACACCAUUGGCUCGUACCAUUGCACAUGCAAUCCUGGGUUCAGUGGAGAUGGAAGAAAUUGUACCGACAUCGAUGAAUGUGCAACUGGAGACCACACAUGUGACAAAAACGCCAAAUGCAACAACACCAUUGGCUCGUACCAUUGCAUGUGCAACCCAGGGUUUAGCGGAGAUGGAAGAGAAUGUACCGACAUUGAUGAAUGUGUAACAGGGGACCACACAUGUGACAAGAACGCCAAAUGCAACAACACCAUCGGCUCAUACCAUUGCACAUGCAAUCCUGGGUUCAGUGGAGAUGGAAGAAAUUGUACCGACAUUGAUGAAUGUGUAACAGGGGACAACACAUGUGACAAGAACGCCAAAUGCAACAACACCAUUGGCUCGUACCAUUGCAUGUGCAACCCAGGGUUUAGCGGAGAUGGAAGAGAAUGUACCGACAUUGAUGAAUGUGUAACAGGGGACCACACAUGUGACAAGAACGCCAAAUGCAACAACAUCAUUGGCUCGUACCAUUGCAGAUGCAAUCCUGGGUUCAGUGGAGAUGGAAGAAAUUGUACCGACAUCGAUGAAUGUGCAACUGGAGACCACACAUGUGACAAGAACGCCAGAUGCAACAACACCAUUGGAUCGUACCAUUGUACAUGCAAUCCUGGGUUCAGUGGAGAUGGAAUAAAUUGUACCGACAUUGAUGAAUGUGUAACAGGGGACCACACAUGUGACAAGAACGCCAAAUGCAACAACACCAUUGGCUCGUACCAUUGCAUGUGCAACCCAGGGUUUAGCGGAGAUGGAAGAGAAUGUACCGACAUUGAUGAAUGUGUAACAGGGGACCACACAUGUGACAAGAACGCCAAAUGCAAUAACACCAUCGGCUCAUACCAUUGCACAUGCAAUCCUGGGUUCAGUGGAGGUGGAAGAAAUUGUACCGACAUUGAUGAAUGUGUAACAGGGGACCACACAUGUGACAAGAACGCCAAAUGCAACAACACCAUUGGCUCGUACCAUUGCAUGUGCAACCCAGGGUUUAGCGGAGAUGGAAGAGAAUGUACCGACAUUGAUGAAUGUGUAACAGGGGACCACACAUGUGACAAGAACGCCAGAUGCAACAACACCAUUGGCUCGUACCAUUGCAUGUGCAAUCCUGGGUUUAGCGGAAAUGGGAGAGAAUGUACCGACAUUGAUGAAUGUGUAACUGGGGACCACACAUGUGACAAGAACGCCAGAUGCAACAACACCAUUGGCUCGUACCAUUGCAUGUGCAAUCCUGGGUUUAGCGGAAAUGGGAGAGAAUGUACCGACAUUGAUGAAUGUGUAACUGGGGACCACACAUGUGACAAGAACGCCAGAUGCAACAACACCAUUGGCUCGUACCAUUGCACAUGCAAUCCUGGGUUCAGCGGAAAUGGGAGAAAAUGUACCGACAUUGAUGAAUGUGUAACUGGAGAUCACACAUGUGACAAGAACGCCAAAUGCAGAAACAACAUUGGCUCAUAUGAUUGCAUGUGCAUGUCUGGUUUCUAUGGUAACGGCGCUCGUUGUCGUGAUAUUGAUGAGUGUCAAGAAGAGAAACAUCACUGUAGUCCCCAUUCAACAUGUGAUAACACACUUGGGUCGUUUAAAUGUUCUUGCAAAAAAGGUUUCCAUGGCAAUGGUGCUUAUUGUCGUGAUAUUGAUGAGUGCCGAGAUGGAAGCCACAAAUGCAGUCCCCAUGCGAUAUGUUAUAACACACUUGGGUCGUUUAAAUGUUCUUGCAAAGAUGGAUUUCGUGGUAACGGCGUAACUUGCAAUGGAGAAAGAACUCUUUAUGCUCCUCAUCUCAUGAUGUUUGUUCUUGGUGCCAUAGUGACAUUGAGGGCUUGGUCAAUCUAGCGUAGUCCAGCACAGCGAAUAGGGAGUGACAAUCAUUGAUAUCAGAAAGGGGGAGGGAAUCUACUUUUUGUUGGAGAACCCCCCUCCUCCGACCAUUUAAUCUAAUAAAAAAUGGUUCUGAAUAAAAAUUAUGUAAAAAGUA